AUGCUGCGUACUCCACCAGUGGCGGGUGCCGAUUGCAGGACCCGCGAAGACCCUGCCGACACCAAGCCAGCUGGUGGGGAUAAUGGAUGCGAGCGACUGAUGGGUGGCCGUGCAGCACCUCUCGUUCGGCUGGCGGUUCGCAUGCUGUCGCGUCCAGCGCCUCCGCCCAGACCCGGUGCAGUUUCAUGGUGGAGCCAUGUGCACAAGCGGGCCUUUGCACCUUCAAUUUUUGCCGAGGCACGGCACUAA